GGGCGUGUCCACAGGUGAAGCGCAAACUCAGGGAAGUGACCGCAGUCGCGAGUCAGAAAUCUCACAUUGGACUGACAUUGUCUUUUUGAUGACAAAAUAGCAGAUGUGGUUGUGUUAGCAGGAGGAAUGACCACUUUGACGAAGCGCAUCCGGCGUGUGGAGACUCCAGCGGAUGGAGGGAGUAACGCUGAGGAGAGGGAGGAGAAGAAGAGAGACGAGGAUGAAGAAGAGAUCGACACCGACUCCAAAUCACUGAGACUCACUCUGAUGGAGGAGAUCCUGCUGCUGGGACUCAAGGAUAAAGAGGGCUACACGUCCUUCUGGAACGACAGCAUCUCGUCGGGUCUGCGCGGGUGUAUUCUGGUGGAGCUAACGCUACGAGGACGAGUUCAUCUGGAGCCCCCGAGCUCACGCCGCAGGAAACUGCUGGACCGCAGGGUGUUGUUCAAGUCGGCGGCUCCCACCGGUGAUGUUCUUCUGGAUGAAGCGCUGAAACACAUCAAGAACACAGAACCACCAGAGGACGUGUCCAGCUGGAUCGAGCUGCUCACAGGCGAGACGUGGAACCCGCUGAAGCUGCACUAUCAGAUGCGUAACGUGCGCGAGCGGCUGGCGAAGAGUCUGGUGGAGAAGGGCGUGUUGACGACGGAGAAGCAGAACUUCCUGGUGUUCGACAUGACCACACACCCGCUGACGGACGGCGCGGAGAAGCAGCGGCUCGUGCGGCGGCUGCAGGACACACUCCUGGAGCGCUGGACCAACGACCCGCUGCGCAUGAGCCGGCGCGCGCUAGCUCUGGUGCUGCUGGCACACGUGUCCGACGUGCUGGAGAACGCCCUGUCCUCGCUGCCCGACGAGCGCUACGAGCUAGCCAGCACGCGCUCGCGGACCCUGACCGAGGCCGAGCCGGAGACGGAGAGCGCGCGGGUCACGACCCCGGCUGAGGAGAUGAUGUGGGCCGUUCUGGCCGCGUUCAACAAGUCCUGAGCACAGAAGCGGCGCCGCGACCUGUGAACCCCACGCUGAUGUCAGUUUAGCUCAUCGCACAAUGAGUCCGAAACUGUCGCAGAAAAUCAAAACCAAUCUGAAUUUUAUGAUGACGGAGGUGGUGCGUAAACGUGAUUGAGUCAACGUGAGGUUUACCCUGCAGUUCCUCCACUGGCCACUAGAGGCGCCGCAGAGGAGACUCACUCCCAUAGACCCGCAUGUUAAAAUGGCCAACUUUACAGCAGAAGAAAAACACGUUUACUGUCUGGUGCAAAAAGUGGUUUCGGUCUCUAUCGCUAAUGUUGCCCUUCAUGACGACUGUGAGGGGGAUGAAUAUUUUUAUAAACUAAACUAUAACCGUUUAAAUUAUAUUAAGCCAUAAAGUUGUGCAUAAUUAAGGGCGUGGCCACUUGUCACUAAUAGCGUUUGUCUGCUAGCGUUAGCGUCACGACACCUCAGCUAAUCCGCUCGCUGCGUUUAUCCGGGAGUGACCCGGCCAAGAUGGUGGCGGCCAGCUCCGCCCACUUUAAGAAACGCUCUUCAUAAACCCACAGGUGACGUCACACACACUACACACAUAAUAAUUACAGUCUAUGUUCGAAACUCGAGCUCAUGUGCAGCGGCUUCAGUUCUGCAGCUAAUCCCCUCAAACAUCACGCCGGAUCGACAUUAAUGACACUGGUAACACUUUACAAUAAGGUUUUAUUUGUUUACAUAAUUUAACUACAAUGAACAAUACUUUUGAUUAACGUUAAUCUCAUCAUGUACGAAUAUAUUUUUAAUAUCAGAACUCUGAACGUUAGUGACGCACUGUGAACACCUGAGCCCUGACUGACGGCUGGCGGGUCAUGCGACAUCACUUCCUCAUCACGUGACAUCACUUCCUCAUCAUGUGACAUCACUUCCUUAUGUGGCGCUGCUCUCUUCCUCUCUGUGUGUCAAUAGUGGCGUCCUAAAUCACAUUCUCUCUUGAGUCUGGACUUAUUUUGAAUAAGUAAUUACUUCAUGACCACUAAAAAGUAUAUUCAAUGUAGUAUGAGAGUGUGUGUGUGUGUGUGUGUGUGUGUAAUCUGGAUGUACUACAUCCGCCAUGAUGUCAUGAUCAUGUGACCUACUGUCGCUUCACUGUCGCUCACAGUUUUCGACUGAAGUCAGACACACUUCUUAUGUCGCAUGAUGUUCACACACACACACACACACACGUCAUGUUCCUCAUGGAGACACUACAGUCACAUGACCUGACAACUCAUUUAGUGAAUUAUACUGCUAUUACAAAUUAUACUAGGGGAAAACUAACUUCAUUUUAAAUAUCUUUAUUUUUCAUUUUUCUUUGCAGUGUGUGUGUGUGUGUGUGUGAUCUAGUGAUGUCAUUUCCUGUUUCUCAGGAAUAUCUUGUCUGUGUUUUAUGGAUUUCUUCUUGUCAUCUGGUGAUAAUCAUAUGGUAACGGUGGUGCUCUAAUGCGGGAAAAUGUAAAGAAAUGUGUUAAUAUAUUAGAAUUGUUAGUAUAGAAUUGAAUACGAUUAAUAAAAUUAUUGCAGUUAUUUUAUUUGUAUAAUUUUGGAUGUUUAUAAUAUCAGUGAUUUUAGAUAUUUCUGGGAUGCAUCAAAAUCACCAUUUUACAGACAUUUGAUGAUAGUUCAAUUUCACACACACACACACACACACACAGCUCAUACGCUUCAUCAUCAUAUUCAGUUAUGAGUCUGGAAUGCUGUCAAUCACGGCACUCUUGCAUUAUGAAUAUCAUGAAGAAGAAGAAAUAACUUCAUGUUCAGUCGUUUAAUGUUUAAUAAGCAGCGGAGAAUGUUUGUCUCUUUUAAUCAGUCAUAAUCAUGCGUGUAUGCGCAAUAUUCACAUAUAAUAAUCAAUGACAGCAUUGUCGAAUUGAAUAAAAUAUUUAUAUUUUUUCCAGAA